ACACACAUGUCCAUAUAUGGCAUUGUGGUGGCAGCCAUAUUGGAAUUUCUAUCCGGCGAUGUCCCUGCAAAAGGGAACACAUAUCUCCCGCUGGCGAGGUUUUCUCCAGCCGACAGACCGUCCACUCCUCCCAGUCUCCACCCCUCUAGACUGCAGGCAGGCAUGGCGGCUAUCGAGACACGGGAAUGCGAAACAGAAGGCUGUAGCAGCGAGGCCAAACUUCAAUGUCCAACCUGUAUCAAGCUCGGGAUCCAAGGCUCAUACUUUUGCUCUCAGGAGUGCUUCAAAGGGAGCUGGGCUACUCACAAGCAGAUGCACAAAAAAGCAAAGGAGGAUAAGAACCAGGAUGAGGCAAAGAACUGCGUGGAGAACGACACCAACACAGACCCAUGGCCUGGCUACCGCUACACGGGCAGACUACGCCCUCACUACCCACUCACUCCCAUGAGGCAUGUCCCCGGUAACAUCAAAAGACCUGACUAUGCCGACCAUCCACUAGGUAAUGCUACUCCUCCUAGACUGCCUCCAGUUGCUUUUAAGUUUUAAGAAAUCCUUUGCUGUCCAUUUGAAAAUCUUCUCAAGGCUAGUAUUCUUUGUCAUUAAUUGUGUUAUUGAAACAUGACACUUUAUCUGAGAAAUGUGUACUGUUUCUAUGUUUAACAUCGGGUGAUAUCAUUCAUAGAAAAAUGGGUUUCUGCCCCAGCCAUAGAUUCCACCUAAGCUGAUCAUUAAUUAUGUAACCAUGGUAACCUCGAUGGUGAGGAUUCACUCCAUAAGGUAACUGUCACCUGACUGCUGAUCAGCCACCAGGUAGCCAUGGUUAGUCUCUCCACUCAUGGCACAUCCAUCCAAAUGGCACGCCGGGACACGAGUGAGAUAAUGUCAUGUCCGUUAUUCGUGAUCAUCAGAGCCCAGUUUUUCAAAAGUUAUCUGAAUUCAAAUCAAAUCCAUGUUUAUUUGUCACAUGCGCCGAAUACAACAGGUGUUGUAUUUCACCUUACAGUGAAAUGCUUACUUACAGGCUCUAACCAAUGGUGCGUGAAAAAAUGUGUGUUAAGUAAAGAAAUAAAACAAAACAACAGUAAAAAAACAUUUG